AUGUGUCAUCACAUGCAAAUGAGGGAGGGAGAGAGAGGUGUACCCUAUAAAAGAAGAGCAGCGGUCCGGCACCCGGCACCUCGCUCUUCCUCAGCCGGCCUCCUCUUCUCCAGUCUCGCUCCGGAAGACUACAACACCAACAAAAUGGCUUUUGCUGGAAAAUGGGAAACUGAGACCCAGGAGGGAUACGUUGACUUCUGCAAACUCAUCGGCAUCCCUGACGACAUCAUCGAGAAGGGUCGCGACUACAAGAUAGUCUCGGAGGUCAGCCAGGAUGGGAAUGACUUUACCUGGACCCAGAUCUACCCUGCCAACCAUAAGGUCACAAACCAGUUCACCAUCGGCAAAGAGUGUGAGAUGCAGACCAUCGGAGGAAAGAAAUUCAAGGCCACAGUAAACAUGGAAGGAGGAAAGCUGACAGUGAACUUCCCCAACUACCAACAAGUCAAUGAGAUCUGUGGAGGCAAGCUGGUUGAGACGUCCAAAUCUGGCUCAGUGGUGCUGAAGAGAACCAGCAAAAAGAUCUAAAAAGUGACCUUUCACCUCUUGUACAGUUAUAAAUGAGAGCUCCCACUUAGAGCCAAGGCCUUUAAUAAACUAAAAGUCGUGCCAACAUGA